CAAAUAUUGACAAUGUCUGAACAGAGAAAUUAUAAACCCUAGACAACAACCAUCCGUUCCAUUGGCCAUAGAAUCGUCUCCGGUGAAACCCUUGAAGUCCAUCUCCGCCGCGUUCGAGAGACGUACCACCAAACCCAUGCCGCCUUCUCGGAAACGACUCCUCGCCCGUUCAAAUCGCAGUCCGGCCUCCACCGCAGGCGCCGCCUCAGCAUCGGACUCCGCCGUCUCCUCCGACUCAUCCCCCGACCGCCUCCGGAAGAAGACUAGAGACCUCCCGAACUUCUCCGACUGCCACGCCUGCGGCCUCCACAUCAAUGUGACCAAUCCCAAGCACCGUCUCCAAACCCUAGAUAGCCUAUGGCGGAUCGUCCUUCUGUGUAGAAGCUGCGUUAAGCGAUUGGAGUCCUCCCAACUCUGCUCCUAUUGCCUCUCCGAGGUCGGGGACAAGGGCUGCUACAGGUGCUGCGAAUGUGGGCGCUGCGUUCACAGGGAAUGUGUUUCGUCGUGUUUUGGCUCGGAAAUCGGGUUUUCGGUUUGCGUCGAUUGCUGGGUUCCGGAAUUGCUUGCUAAUUCAAAUAAGGUUUACAAAAGGAGGAGGGAUAAGAAGAGCGCGUGCCGUAAGUCGGUGCAGAAUGCGGCGAGCGUUGGGAAGAUUGCAGUGGAGAAGAAAGCAGCGGUUGCGGGUAAGGCUAAAGAGAACGCCUUGCGGGGAGCUAUCAUGGCUAGAAGGGCUGUGGAGUUGGCCACUGGUGCAAUCGAAUUGGUUGACAAGAAGAAUGAACGCUUAGUGAGUCGUGGUAACAAUGCUUGUGAUGCCGCUGAUACUGCGGUUAUUGAUGUUUCAGAAUUGGUGUUCCGACUGCAUCGAGCAAUGAAUGGCUCGCCAAGGCUUUCAAGGAACUUAACCUUGGAUAAUUUGAACCAUUUGGCUGUUCCAAGAGUGUCAGAAUCAAGUGAUAAUGUAUCAGCUAGAUCUUUAUGCUCAGGGGGAUGUUUUAAUACAAGUGCUAGUGGAACUGUUGGGGUAUGCCAGAAUAGUGAGUGUUGUGAGAACACUAAUGCUACUGCAGCAGGAACGCUAGUUUAUAUCAGGCGUUCAAAAAACAGGUCUUCUAUUUUGGGGAGUUCAAAGCAGGUCAGGUAUGUGUAUUCAAGGACACGUAUAAAGGUUAGACGGUUGUAUUCAAGGAGGCAUAGAAAGGUAAGGUUGAUGUAUUCAAGGAGGCACAGGAAGGAAAAGGAGUGCGUGGAAAAAGGGGGAAGCAUUGUUGGAAACUGUAAGCCCAAUGAUAACAACUGCUUGGCCUAUGAGUCUCAACCUUGCCAGAAACAAGUUGAAUUGAAGCUUGAUUUGGAUCGAGAUGACACUAGAAACCAGAGUGGGUUGGUGUCUCGUGGAAAGGCUAUCAUUCUGCAUGAUGGAAGAUGUAGUGGAGAGAUGGAUCCCUAUAUGUUAAAGUAUAGCAGGAGGCAUAUUGGUUUUGAAGCAAUCCCAAAUAGUGAGGCUAAAAUUAUAGAUGAUGGUUCUUAUGCUGAAAGUAAGGCUAAAGUUGUGGGGCUACCUAAUUGCUUGAUGGAUGUAUAACAAUGUCUGAUGUUUCAUUCAGUCUUGUGCUGCUUCUCUACUGGUUUCAGCUCAUGCACAUGGUCAUCGUGAAAUUCAUCCUGAAGUACAAAGAUGAUGAAGUUUAACUAAUAUGUGCAAGCUGCAAUGACAUAUUCACCUGCUACAUUCUACUGGGAUGGUGAACAAUGGGAAAGCUAUUGUACAGUUAAGUUGGGCUGAGAAGUUGCAUAAAUUGGUUAAAAUUACAGUGCCUAGUUGUAGAAGGGUCAAAGCACUGGUUCUUUCAUAUCAGGGAUAAGUUUUGGAACUUCUGAUAAGUGUAUAUUGUAGGCUAUUUGUGUUUCUGUUCUGAUGUAGUGCAACACUUCCAGUUGGAGCUAAUGUUGAAUGUGUACCUUCAUGCCAUUAGUGCAAUUAAACAGGUUUCUUAAAUGUGGAAAGCAGUGUGAUCAAAUACCAUUGUCUCUGUUGAGCCCUUUUGCAAUCCAAGUCUCUUUUGGCAGGGAAGGUGGAAAUAUCUGUGAAAAAGAGAGUCUACUAAUUGGUGGUUACUAACUGCAAGAGUUCAAGUGCUGGACAUAUGUUUUUCAGUUGGCCGUACUCUGCAGUUCAUCAAAUCAGCUCCAUCCUGGAAGGUAAAGAAGUCAUGCUGUUCAAGUUGCUUCCUAGUACCAAAUUUGUAUUCCCCAUGCUACCAAAAGUGCAGUUAACAUCUUUGACAUCAAUUACUUUUUCGUCUGUUGCUGUGUC